AGACUCGCGAAGUGUCGCCUGGGGCCUUAGCCUUGGUCGUCGUCAAGCGAGCUAUGGCGGGCGGGACCGCGGAGGCAGGCACGCGGGCUGGGAUUCCGUACGGAGGCGGCGGAGGCCCUGCGAGGGCUCCUUGAGCCGCUAUCUAGUCUCGGUGAAGGAAAAGGGCCGCUGCCGCAGACGAGAUGGAGGCGAAGCGAAAAGAAACGCGCAAGUCGUUGAGGAUCAAAGUAAUCUCCAUGGGCAACGCGGAGGUGGGCAAGAGUUGCAUUAUAAAGCGAUACUGUGAGAAGAGGUUUGUGCCCAAGUACCUUGCAACAAUUGGCAUUGAUUAUGGCGUAACCAAAGUGCAGGUUCGGGAUCGGGAAAUCAAAGUGAACAUCUUUGACAUGGCUGGACACCCCUUCUUCUAUGAGGUGCGCAAUGAGUUUUACAAGGACACCCAGGGAGUCAUCCUUGUGUAUGAUGUUGGGCAGAAGGAGUCGUUUGAUGCCCUUGACUCAUGGCUCACUGAGAUGAAGCAGGAACUUGGACCACAUGGAAACAUGGAGAAUAUUGUCUUUGUAGUUUGUGCCAACAAGGUUGAUUGUGCCAAGCACCGUUCUGUGGACGAAAGUGAAGGACGGCUCUGGGCAGAAAGCAGAGGCUUCCUUUAUUUUGAGACUUCUGCUCAGACUGGAGAGGGAAUCGGUGAGAUGUUCCAGACUUUCUACUCUGCCAUUGUCGAUUUGUGUGACAAUGGCGGAAAGCGCCCCAUGUCCAGCAUGAGCGUUGCUUUCACCAAGGAGCAAGCAGACACCAUCCGAAGAAUCCGUAGCUGCAAGGACAGCUGGGACAUGCUGGGGGUCAAGCCAGGAGCCACCAGGGACGAGGUGAACAAGGCCUAUCGGAAGCUGGCGGUGCUGCUCCACCCGGAUAAGUGCCUGGCUCCCGGCAGCGAGGACGCCUUCAAAGCUGUGGUCAAUGCGCGGACUGCCUUGCUUAAAAACAUCAAGUAAAGAAGGGAGGAGGCAGCUUCCCCCAAGGGCAGCUGAUCAGAGCCCUACUAAGAGGGCUUCCCUUCUCCAGUCCAACUGAGAGACAUCAAGGGUGGCCUUUGAGCAAGGAUGGCGGAAGCAAAACCCGGAGGGAGCCACUGGAGGCAGUUCCCCCUCAUGUUGUGCACUUCAGUCAUCCAGACCUGUUUCCUGCACUGUUGCAACCAGUUCAGUGCAGGUUGCCUAUCUGUGGUGGAUUCCCAAAUCCAUCUGAAUGCCUCCCUAGCUGUAUUGCCUCUUUCUUUCCUCUGCAGGGAAGUUGGCCUUGGAUUGAGUUGACUCUAAAAGAUGUUUCUUCUGUGUAGAAA